GUAAAGUGGGCAUGAGGUACUUCCACAAGCUCCGCAACAAGUUCUACUGCCCCAUCGUCAACGUCAACGUCGACAAGCUCUGGUCACUGGUGCCGCAGGAGGUCAAGGAUAAGGCCACCAAAAACGACGUGCCGUUGAUUGACGUGACGCAGCACGGGUUCUUCAAGAUUUUGGGCAAGGGGAAGCUGCCGGCGGACCAGCCCGUGGUGGUGAAGGCCAAGCUCAUCUCGAAGGUCGCCGAGAAGAAGAUCAAGGAGGCCGGCGGCGCUGUGGUUCUCACCGCCUAGGGUUUUGCCUUGUUUAGAUUUUUGUUGAUUUUUUUGGUUUAUAAGAUGAUGGAUUUUUGGUGGAUUUUUGUUGGAUUUUUGUGAUAAUGCUUUGUGUUUUGUGGUGUGGUUAUGUGAUUUGAGAAAAGCAUGCUUUGCUUUUGCUUGCCUUGGAAGCUUUUGCUUGUGCAUCUUUUGCUUGAGAUAACAGAACUCUUAUUUGGGGAUUCUGUAUUCGAUCGCUGUGAUCGCUUAAAGCCAUUGUAGGAUUCUAGCCUUGAUCAAGCUUUGUGUAUGCCAAUGCCCACGUUCGAUACUUUCUGUUGCCUUAGCAUAUGGUUUCUGCUUUGCUUUACUAAGAAUUUGCUCGCUUCUUGAUCACCUUCUUUCAUGUGUCACUCAUUGAAGUAGUCAAAAGCUGUGAAGUAAGUUGUUGAUUGUUCACAUAGCAAAUUCAUGCUGGACAUUGGGUUUACUAAAGCUUAUGCAUAGGCAAUGACUGCUGGAGUUUUAGGGGCCAUGAGCCGAUUGUCUUGAGUAUAGUCCCAUAGACCGAAAUGGGACUGCUGGAUCUCCAUUCAUUAGAACUGUAUAGACAAGAAUAUGCAGUCCUUUGCAAAAGGUUGAAGAAUGGUUCUCUUACCAAAUGUCAGAUCAUCCCCAUAUAGCUUCAAACAUUCAGCAGUUAAAAGUGCUGAGAAAGACCGAAAGUUGGUGAGAAAAUGGAGAUCCACUGCCAACUUUUGUUAUUAGUAUGCUGUUUAGGACAUUAGGAUCCAUGGCUAUCACAAAUCCAGGUCUGAUGACUUGGUAGAUGUCAUUCCCAAUUCAUCAGUCUCUAAUGGUGAACUUGUUCGCUCACCGCUGUUGGGAUUAACUCCUCUUUUCACUUGUAUAAUUAUAAGUUUAGAACCAUUCAAAAAUCAUUCACCCCUUGAAGAUCAAUACUGCAAAAUUGAAUCUGAAAAUCAUUUAGUUAUCCAAUUUAUCUAACGGAUGGUUUUAGUAACAAUUAGGAUUCUCAUUGCUAAUCUCUCUCUUUAAAUGAAUGUAGAAAAUGUAAGUUAGGAAUCGCUAAUCACACCUGUGAUGAAUAUGCUGCGCAGCUGACAACAUCAUAUAUUGACGAAAUAACGCAUGGUAGUUGUUAAAGCUGUACUCCAAAACUAACGCUGGUCUUGGUCUCUACUCGUUAAGUUUCUUCUGGUGUAUACUAUUGCAUAACUGGAUUAACCACAGUUAACAAACCCUGUUUUUGUUUUAAGCAUUGACUGAAUAGAGACCAUAAACUGGAGAUAACUUAACAGUAUUAUUUAGGAAGGUAUGAGAACUUUGAUCAUAACUUGAUAAGUAAUAUUUACUAGUCAAGAUUACUUGAUGCAGGGACCUAGGACGAAGUGGACAUGGGAAGGAGACUGAUCACUGGUAGCAUAUUACAAGUUAAAAGUUUUGGUCAAGGGGUAUACAUCUCAACAAAAAGUGUGGAUGCAGGUUCUUCUCUGUAGAUUAGAUAUCAAUGAUAGAAAUUGCAUUUCAACAAAGGCAGCCCAAAGUCUUGUUCUCGAGUUGUUUGCUAGAGAGAGAUUCAUUUGUUGCGUCAAGAGUCCAGUUCUUCAUGGAUUUGAAACAUAUCAUUGCAGUUCUUCUGUGAGCUCUCAUAUCUUACCCAAAAAAACCAUCAAUACUUGAGAGAUCAAGUAUACUGACUGAAGGCCAAGAUGGCCAAAUCUAUAACAGACCUCUUAAUUGGAAAAAUUGUGGCAAUUCUUGAGAACGAAGGAACAACCAUAUCCAGUGUUCGUGAUGAAGUUGAUAGCAUUAAGGAGGAGCUUCGAAGCAUGAAAGCUUUCCUAGUGGAUGCAGAGGCCGACACAGUAAAAACUGAAGGAGAGAAAUUGUGGGUUGAAAGCAUCAGAAACUUGGCCUAUGAUGUUGAAGAUAUCAUUGAUGAAUUCAUGUAUCACAUGUAUGAGAAGCAAAGUGGGAGUCGACUUUCAAGGAGGCUACACAAAACCAUUUGCUUUCCAAAAUGUCUUUGGUUUAGACGUAAAACUGCAAAGAGGUUACAAAAAAUCACUAAAAAGAUCAAAGACAUUCCAGAGAGGAAUCAAAGGUACGGUGUUGGCCUUGUAGCAGGAGCAACUACAUCUGAAGAUAUUCACAAAUUGGUGCAGAACCAAGCUGAGUCUUCGUUUUUCAUUAUGGAAGACGAACUGGUUGGGAUUGAAGGCAAGAAGCAAAUACUAAUGGGAUGGCUCAUGGAUGAAGAGCAACACCAAACUGUUAUAUCUGUGGUUGGCAUGGGAGGUUCUGGAAAGACAACUCUAGUUGCCAAGACCUUCAACAAUGAAAGGGUGAAGAGACAUUUCGAUUGUUAUGCAUGGAUUACCGUUUCCCAAACGUAUGCUGUGGUAGACUUGUUUCGAAGCUUGAUCAUGGAAUUCCACAAAUCAAGGAAGGAAGAUUUCCCUGCAAAUUUGAAUGCGAUGAGCCGCAAAGAAUUGCUAGAGUUGCUAGUUAACUACUUGGAGUCCAAUAAAUACCUGGUUGUUCUAGAUGACGUGUGGGAUAUAAAAGUUUGGAGAGAAAUAAAGGUGUCACUUCAAGAAAGGCAACUCGGAAGUCGAAUCAUAGUUACAACUCGAAAAGAAGAUGUAGCAUGCAAUUCUUUUGGAGUUAGAAGCCAUGUUCACCAUAUUCAACCCCUGCUAAAGAAUGAGGCUUGGGAGCUCUUCUGCAAAAAAGCAUUCUCAUCUAAUGAGCACAAAACUUGUCCACCUGAUUUUGUGUCAUUAGCAUGCCAACUUGUGGAGAAGUGUGAUGGCCUUCCUCUGGCUAUUGUGGCUUUAGGGGGUCUUAUGUCUUCCAAGAAGUCGCUGGAUCAAUGGCAGCAAGUCUGCAACAGCCUGAAUUGGCAUCUAGAUAACAAUUCAUUGCUAGACCCUGUGAAAAACAUCUUGUUGCUGAGUUUCAAUGAUUUGCCAUCUCAAUUGAAACAUUGCUUCUUCUAUUGCUCUCUAUUCCCAGAAGAUUUUGUAAUUAGAAGAAAAAAGCUCAUUAGAUUAUGGAUAGCUGAAGGAUUUGUCGAACAUGUGAAAGGGAUCACGCCCGAAGAAGUUGGAGAUGGCUAUCUUUGGGAACUCUGCUUCCGUAGCAUGUUACAAGUUGUAAAGAGAAAUGGAACAGGAAGGCCGAGAAAAGUUAAGAUGCAUGAUCUGAUGCGAGAGCUUGCUUUGUCGACAGCCGAGAAGGAAAAGUUUGGUCUUAUAUACGACGGGAGAGAAGGAAUGGAAGACAUCUCAACCCGUCGCUUAUCAAUUCACAAAAUGGAAGGAGAAAUUAAAUCAUGGCCGGGUAUGUCAAAGAUUCGUUCUCUUCUUGUAUUUGCAACUGGCAUGUCCUCAUCGUCUUUCUCAAAUGCACUGGUUUCUCAAUUCAAAUUGUUGAGGACUCUAGACUUGGAGGAUGUCCAAAUUGAUAAACUGCCAGAUGCAGUUGUUUACUUGUUCAACUUGAGAUACUUAAAUUCGAAGGGCACUUUAAUCGAGGAACUUCCAGAGUCCAUAGGGCAUCUCCGCAACCUUCAAUUUUUGAAAAUCGAGGAAACCAAGAUAGAGGCACUUCCAGAUGGAAUUGCAAAAUUGCUGAACCUGCGCCAUCUAAGUAUGUUUCGGUUGACUGGAACCAAUCUGGAAUUCAAACUUUAUAGUGGGACAAAAGCGCCAUCAUAUAUUUGUCAGUUGCAGAAAUUGCAAAGUUUAAAAACGACUGAAUCAGAAGGGGACACUAUUAGACUUAUCGGCAACAUGACUCAACUCAGGGUCAUCGGCAUAUCGAAUGUGAAAGAAAGAGAUGAGAUUGACUUAUGGGUUUCAAUUAAGAAGCUCACUCUGCUUCAAUCUUUGGUUUUAAUGGCAAGUAAUGAAGAUGAAAUCCUUCCGGUGAAAUCACAAUGUCCACCUCUUCCGCACCUUCAAAAGCUUAAAUUGAUUGGCCGACUGCAAAACGUAAUACCUUGGUUUUCUUCACUGCAUAGCCUCACAUCUCUGUAUCUGCAUUGGUCAAGACUUGAAGACGAUGUACUACCUCAAAUUGAAGCACUGCCCAAUCUGACAAGGCUUCGUCUUUGUAAUGCAUAUGUUGGGGAAGAGUUGUGUUUCCGCAGAGGCUUUGUAAAGCUGGAGAGGUUGUAUUUGUUGAAUUUUGCCUCGGUGAAAAAGAUUACUAUAGAAAAAGGAGUGAUGCCAAAUCUCCACAACUUAUGGGUUGAACGGUGCAUGGAAUUGAAGACAAUGCCACUAGGCCUUGAAUACCUUUCUAAUAUACAAUCUAUGGGCUUGGCAUUUCUUUCCGUUGAAGUUAUAAAGCCCAUUCGGAAAGGAGGUGCGGAUCGGUCUAAGGUACAACACAUCCCCGAGAUCUUACAUGUUUUCGAACAGUCAUCCAAGCAGGUCUACGAAAACUUGGCGUAGUGUUUCUUUCUCCUGUAACAAACUGUUCAGCAUUGAAAACUCAAUUUAGUUCUACAUGCCGCAUAAUGAAAGAAAGAUUUGAUGUGCUCCUUGAGGCGGAUAAUAUAGGCAAGGCUGCCUUGCACUUCUUUCCAACAACCUUAGGCACCACCGGAUCAGUUGGUCUGUCCUCGAUAGUGUAAGGGUUCCACAUCCCCUUGGUUUUAGAGUGACAGUAGCAGCGCCACUUGCCAGAGUCUUCUCCACCUAGCUGCCUUGGUCUUGCCGGAUUUCUUCUUGUCAUUACAGCUUCAUAGAGCAUCAGGUAUUAGCCGUACCAGAUAGUUUGUAAGUUGUUCUCUCCGUAACUAAUUAAGACAGUUUGUAAGUUGUGAUCCUGAAUUUACAACAUAGCAACUUCAAAUGAGACCGAAUCUAAGUAGCAGAAAAAUGCAUUUCAAAUGAGAUGUCCAAUUUAACAACAGCAAAUUGAAGGAAGGUACUCCAUGUUUAGAUGUUUGCAAACACCUUCAAUGAGUCAAAUUUGGAAAACCAAGCUGAAAGAGAAACAGAACAAUCAAACAGAUGCUGAGAUUUACCCUGCCUAAGCUGUCGAGUUGUAAUCGCCUUCUUCCAUGUUGCUGUUGCUGUGCUUCUUGUUGUUGUUGCUGUUGUUCUGCAGUUGCUCUUCGAGCACUUUGCUUGACAAAGACCUUUAAGUCUUCGAUUGGGGGCUUGACAAAGCUUAACCUUCCUUGAGAAGCUUUGAACAUAUGUUGCAGCUUCCUUGAGAAGCUUGAAAAUAUGUUAGCUUCCAUGAGAAACUUUACUGGGUUAUAGAAGCUAUUUCAAUUUUCAA